UCUCUGACGCCAGAGGUAACAGCAAAGUUGUAUCAGCCCGCGAGGAAGGAGAUCCAGAUGUUUCCAGGGUUCUUCUCGAGCCGAUUUGCAUAUUUGACGGGGGAUGUCUGACUGGGCGCAGUGACCUCGUGCUUUCGUUGCGCGUCUGACAUCACACGGGGAAUGAAGCGCGCAGGAGCUCGGCGAGAGCAGCGAGAGGAGAAACACAUGACACACCGCCGGAGUUGAACACCACACGGGAUCCGGGGAUGGACCGGCGACGGAGAGCCUCGCUCGCGCUCACCUUGAACUUCCUCGCGCUGAUCCUCGCCAUCUCCGCGCUGACCACCAGCUACUGGUGCGAGGGGAACCGGAAAGUUGUCAAGCCCUUCUGCACCGGACCGGUGACCGUCAAACAGACGCACUGCAUUAGAUACAACAGCUCGAACAUCAACGACAGCCGGCUGGUUCAGUAUAUCUGGGAGACCGGCGAGGAUAAGUUUGUUCUGAGGAAGUUCCACACCGGCAUCUGGUUUUCCUGCGAGCAGAACGUCGACCUUGUCGGCGAGAAAUGCAGAAGCUUCAUAAACGUGGCUCCUCCUCACGAGAGAGGUGUUUUGUGGCUCUGCAUCGUAGCCGAGUGUCUCUACAUCUUACUGCUGGCCACCGGAGGCAUCCUCAUGUCCAUCGAGGUCUGCCAUUUUGGAAACGUCAUCGAUGGACUAAAACUGAAUGCUUUUGCCGCCAUUUUCACGGUGCUGUCAGGUCUUCUGGGUAUGGUAGCACACAUGAUGUUCACCACAGCGUUCCAGCUGACCGUCAGUCUGGGCCCGGAGGACUGGAAGCCACAGAACUGGGACUACAGCUGGUCUUACAUCUUGGCCUGGAGCUCCUUCACGGCCUGCAUGGCCUCCUCCGUCACCACCAUCAACAGAUACACUAAGACUAUCCUGGAGUUCAAACACAAGCGGAAGAACAUUGAGAAGAACCUGAAGAUCAAGCAGAAGCUGCUGGACCUGGACUCUCCAGACCAGGUGUGGGACAUGUACAUCAGCUCUGUCCCCAGCACGGCCGAGGAGUUUCUGGACCUGUCCAGUUCUGGACGCAAGCUCUCCGCCAACUCAGUCUUCCUGGACCUCAACGACCUGCCGUCUCCGCAAGGAGAGGAGUACUGCUGAAGCUCUUCUAGCGUCACGAACAGACUCUGACGGACCGGAGGUGAUGCGGAUUAUAUAACUGUCGCGUUUGGUGUUGUGCCGUGGUCUGAAGGUGAUGCUGUGAGUUUUAGUUUGUUAUUAAUGUGCUGCUGACGUUGUAUGAGCGACUUUCCUCAGUCUUAGAGAACAAAAUGUGACACAAGGCUUUUUUAUUACUUAUUUAUAGGACUAGUUCCCCCAAAAAUGAAAAUCCUGUCAUCAUUUACUCACCCUCGAGUAGUUCCUAACUUGUGUGAACAAGUUGAAGCAAGUUUGCAACCAGGUUGUUUUGGGUCACCAUUGACUCCCAUAGUAUUUCUUCUUCCUACUAUGGAAGUCGAUGGUGACCCAAAACAGCCUGGUUGCAAACGUCCUCGAAAACAUCUUCCUUUGCGUUCGUACAGGUUUGGAACGUCUCGAGGGCGAGUAAACGAUCACAGAAUUUUCAUUUAUUCCUUUAACCACUGAAACUGCGUCGGAAACAUUCCCAUUUUCUGAGAGCCACUCGGUAGAAAACGUCUUUUUGUGCUUUAGAGUCUCCCUCCGCUGUAUCGCGGAAGUCGUUACCAAAUCGAUCCGGAGGGUCUGUUUUCUAGAUCGGUUCUAACGAGACACAAAUGACAUUGCUGAGUGCCUUUGUUCGUGCUAUUGAUCACGGUUCUUUAACCGUAGCAUGCAAAAGUCCUGCAACUGUUUAUUUUACAGCCUACUCGGUCACCCUUAAUAAUCUCGACACAUAUCAAAGCAUGAGGAUUGCUGUUUCAUUCAGCUUCGUUUCGUUAACUCGUCAGCUCUAAACUAGAAAUGAAACAUCAACAGAAUUAUUUCUGCAGAGAUCUGAAAAGAGCAAGGGUUUAAUUCUAGAUCAGCUCUGUUUAAGACUGAAGAACACGAUCCAGGAGGCCGUUACUUGAAUUCCUCGAUUCCUCUUUCAAUUCUGCAUAUUUGAUCUAAUUCAAGUCGUAAGAUUGACUCACUUCAACGUAUCGUUCAUUUGUAAACCGUCUAAAGCGUCUUUGUACUGCCAAAACGAACUGUUUACAUUUUAUGUGCAAUAAUGAACGGAGCAUAUAGACGAAUUAAAUACUUUUUUACAGAAAUGUACACUGACCAACGACUUCUAGGCUAAAUGUGUAAAAUGCAUGUCAGCUUGUGUCGCAUUGUUCAUUUUCAGUUUGAUAUCUUGUGUUCUCAUGAGCUGUUUGCUGUGUUCAUCUGUUUGGUUUGGUAGGUGGUUUUUAUCCAUCGGACUUCUUUGACUUUAUGUUGACGAAAUGCAUAAGUCUUCUACAAAAGCAGCAAGACACAAAGUAAUAACUAUAUUAAAUCAAUGCAUUAUAAUACUGAUAAUAAAGAGAACCUUUAUAACCCGAAAUCUCGCGUUUUUCUUCCGUUUAUUUUUUGCAUUGAUAUACUUUGACCAGAGGGUGUCGCUGUAGGCAGUGUUUUAUCUGCAGUAUAUUCCACUGCUAGACGAUUUCUUUUUGCAUUUCUCUUUUUUUUCCUCCCUAUUUUUCUUUUUUUUUUUUCCCCUCAAGAUAACUUAGUCUUGCUUAACAAUCAUUAAUCAUAUUGUGGUCAACAAAACAAAAUGCAUUUGUAUUAUAAUUAUUAUGAGAACGUGUAUAAAACAGUCACUCGAAAAUCGGAAAAUUUGACCAGCUUGCUUGCUAACCUUAUUCCCGCACUUUAUACUAUUAUUAUUAUUUAAUUAUUCCGAUUAUUUUAAAAUGUCAUGCAAGACAUUCAGUAGUGCCUCAUUACUGUCUGUUUACAUUAGUCAUCGGCGACCAGAGGGCGGGAGAAAAUAAAAUAUUUUUUUCCCUCUUUUUUCAUAAAUAAUAAAAGUUGUGCGUCAAUUAAAGCCUGCAUAUCAUAUGCCUACAGUUAUAUAUUUAAUAAUUUCCGUUUGUCGUGUAACCAAUCGUCAUGUGACACAAGAGGCAACGCCUUUGAGUUUGAUUGACAGGUGAUCUGACCAAUCGAGAGCGCAGUAAUGUCCAGUGGGCUUGAACUUGAAAAAUAGUGUUUAUUGAGGUCUUUCUGCCGUUGGAACAAGAUGCCUUCAUUCAUGUUUUUUCAAGCUAUAAUAACUGCUAAAGAGGAAGAGAUGAACUUGGUCUUUUCUGAAGGUCAAAAACUGGAUGUGAAAGCCAUUCAGCACCAGAACUCCCACUAAUUGUAAGUAGUGUUCAAUUUACUGGUGUUAUCA